AUGGGCCACCGGGCAGUGCCCCCGCCCAGCCGGGUCCUGCACGGGGCAGAGGAGGAGCGCUCAGCCCAGGCGACGCUGGCCGCCUGGCACGAGUACCGGCACGCCUGCGAGCUGCGCCUGCGCCUCGACCCACCAGCAACUGGACCCGUCUGCAACCGCAGCUUUGACAUGUACGCCUGCUGGGGGGACGCAGCCCCCAACAGCACCAUCACCGUCCCUUGCCCCUGGUACCUGCCCUGGCACCACCGAGGUAACGGGGGGGGAUGGCACCCACCCCGGGGGACAGUGUGCUCAGUGCAGGGCGGGGUGGUGGCUCGGCGCUGCGGACCCGACGGGCGGUGGGUGAUAGACGAGACGGGGCGGCCCUGGCAGGACCAUUCGCAGUGUGAGGACCUGGUGGAGGAGCAGCCGCUGCAGUGGCAGGCCUGGCUGCUGGAGCAGUUCCGCCUCCUCUACACCGUGGGCUACUCCCUCUCCCUCGUCGCCCUCCUCCUGGCGCUGCUGCUGCUCCUGCUCUUCAGGCGCCUGCGGUGCACCCGCAACUUCAUCCAUGCCAACCUCUUCCUCUCCUUCGUGCUGCGGGCGGGCGCCAUCCUGACGCGGGAUGCGCUGCUGCAACGCCACCUGCGCCCUGGCGCCGGGCACCCCUUGCAGCUGCUGGGCCAGCAGGCGGUGGCAGGGUGCCGGCUGGCCCAGGCUCUCACCCAGUACUGCGUGGGGGCCAACUACGGGUGGCUGCUGGCCGAGGGACUCUUCCUCCACAAGCUCCUGGUGUUGGCGGCCUUCUCCGGCGAGCGCUGCCUCCCCGCUUUCCUCCUCCUCGGCUGGGGAGCCCCCGUGCUCUUCGUGGUACCAUGGGUGGUGGUGAGGUACCUCUACGAGAAUGAGGGGUGCUGGGAGAGGAACGAGAAGGUGGCAGUGUGGUGGAUCAUCCGCUGCCCCAUCCUGAUGGCCGUGGCGGUGAACUUCGUGGUGUUCGUACGCAUCAUCCGCAUCUUGGUGGCCAAAGUCCGGGCGCAUCAGGUGUCCCGUGGAGACACCAGGGUCAGGCUGGCCAGGUCGACGUUGACGCUGAUCCCGCUCCUGGGGGUGCACGAGGUGGCCUUUGCCCUGGUGGGGGAGGGGCAGGGGGGGGGCACCCUGCGCCUGGUGCGGCUCUGCCUCCAGCUGCUGCUCUCCUCCUCCCAGGGCCUCGUUGUCAGCGUCCUCUACUGCUUCGUCAACAAGGAGGUGCAGGCGGAGGUGCGGCGCGGGUGGCAGCGGUGCCGCCUGGGUGCCCCCUGCCCCCCCGGCCCCACCCGGGCCCCACCCCGUGGCACCCGCCACUACGUGGCCGUGGGGGGGCAGCGCCCGGCACCCCCCGAUUCCGGAGGGCACCCGAUUGCCGAGAGCUGCUGCUGA